AUGAUCCAGGGCAUCUUCUACGCGAGAUUCUUCCCUGAAGAGGGCCCCAAGAUCGUCGCCCAAUCGCCGCCGGGAUGCAUCACCGCCGCCGAAAACUCGACGCGCCCGCCGCUCAUCAACUUUGACGUCCUCCAGGAGUACAUCAUCCCCCGUCAGGCCUUUUGCAACCGCUACGUCACCAUCAACUCGCCCGACGGCAAGUACACCAUCCUCUGCCACCCCGUUGUCAUUGCGCACACUAAGUAUCUGCGCAAUGAGUUCAUGUUCAACUUUGGCCUCCUCGUCGAGGCCGACGUCGACCACGCCGCCUACGAGCGCGUCGUCCGCUGCCUCGCCGCCACCUUUUCCGAGAUGGAGAAGCAAAACGAGUACCUGAGCGCCAGUCAAGAUGCGCGCCCUGUCGCGUCCACUUCCUCUGCUGCUACCGCUGCGGCGGCGGCAGCGGCAGCAACAACGACCACCCACGCCGCAAGUAGCGACGAUGCGAUCACCGCCCGCCGUCCCAUUGCAAGCCUCCUCGAGAUUAUCAAGGAGGAUCUCAACAACUACGGCGAGUGCAUGAUUCCCGUCGACGAAGCCAACACCAUCAACAUGAAGCUCUUCCCCCAUCACCUCACCCCGCCCGCCGUCAAGGGCUGGCACGUCCCCGUCGCCAAGACAAAGUUCGCCGACAUUGUCGACCCGACCUGGGACCUGACCCUGCAGCGCGUCAUCGAGAAGAUUGACGGCGUCUCCGACGUCCGCCGCAUCGCCCACGAGGCCUCCGUCUCCCUCGAGCUCGCCAAGACGGCCCUCCGCCACCUCCUCUACUACGACACCGUGCUCCUCCUCGACAUCUUCUUCUUCUCCUCCUGCUACGCGCCCCGGCCCGGCAUCCACGACUUCGUCGAGAACCUCGACGGCAUCGUCGACGAGUGCGCCGGCUACGUCUCGCACGGGCCCGCGCGCGUCGGCAACUUCAUGCUCGUCAAGCUCAUGCUGUCUUUCGGCCCGGGAAAGAGCGUCAAGGAGUGGCUGAUGGCCCACCAGGACGCCGGCUUCGACGUCCUCCGCUACGUCGACGUCCGCCGCCUCGUCCAGUUCGGCGUCAUCAAGGGCUGCCUCUACCGCGUCCACAAGUACGUCGUCUCCAAGCAGUACAUCGCCGCCCUCGCCACCGGCCAGGCCCGGCCCGUCGACGGGCCCGCCGCAGAUCCCAUCCAAAAGUACACGGACGGCUGCCACCACUUUGACCAGAUCAUCACCGAGUGCAACCUGACAAACGACGAAGUCAUUGACAAGUUGAAGCAGCUACCAGUCCCCAAGGGCGACUUGGCCGUAUUCUACAGAUGA